UCAGAACCACCGUCAACGAUGGCCUCCCGUCCCACAGUCAACGUUCACUCUACAGCAGGAGAGGCUUCCACCUCCCUCCCCUUACCUGCGGUCCUCACCGCGCCCAUCAGACUCGAUGUUGUCCAGCAGGUUCACAAGAGCCUCGCCAAGAAUAAGAGGCAGGCGUACGCCGUGAGCGAGAAGGCCGGCCACCAGACCUCUGCUGAGUCCUGGGGUACUGGUCGUGCCGUCGCCCGUAUCCCCCGUGUCGGCGGUGGAGGAACCCACCGCUCCGGUCAGGCUGCGUUUGGUAACAUGUGCCGUGGCGGUCGCAUGUUUGCCCCCACCAAGACCUGGCGCAAGUGGCACGUCAAGGUCAACCAGAAUCAGCGUCGCUUCGCCGUUGUUUCUGCCCUUGCUGCCUCCGCCCUUCCUUCUCUUGUCCUUGCUCGCGGCCAUCGUAUUGAGCAGAUCGAGGAGGUUCCUCUCGUCGUUGACUCUGCCGUCGAGUCCUUCAAGAAGACCAAGGAGGCUGUUGCUCUCCUCAAAACCCUCAACGCUCACGCUGAUAUCGCCAAGGUCUCUAACUCUCGCAAGCUCCGCGCCGGCAAGGGCAAGCUGCGCAACCGCCGUCACCGUCAACGCCGCGGUCCCCUCGUGGUCUAUAAUGAGGACAACGGCAUUGUUAAGGCGUUCCGCAACGUCCCUGGUGUUGAGAUCGUCAACGUUCGUCGCUUGAAUCUCCUCCAGCUCGCGCCCGGCGGUCACCUUGGUCGGUUCGUGAUCUGGACCCAGGGAGCCUUCGCCCUCCUCGACGAGGUCUUCGGCACAUUCGAUACGCCCUCGGUCUACAAGAAGGAUUACGUCCUCCCUACUGCCAAGAUCACGAACCCCGAUGUAACGCGUCUGAUCAACAGCGACGAGAUCCAGUCGGUCAUCCGCCCCGCGAAUGCCAAGCACCAAAAGCGCCCGUGGACGCAGCACAAGAACCCUCUGGUCAACAAGGGUGUACUCUUCCGCUUGAACCCUUAUGCGAAGACUCUCCGGAGGCAGGAGCUACUCAAGCAGGAGCGCAUCAAGGCCAAGGGCGCCAAGAAGGCCAAGACCCCGAAGGCAGCCGGCGAGGCCUUCUUGAAGACUUUCUUCGCACCUUAAGUGCCCUCGCUCUCUCGUGCGUGUGUGGCUGUGGAGGAGUAGAGAUUGGGAUGUUGUCGCGACUUAUUGCUUCGAUACAGCUCUUCGUCGUAUGCUAUUCCACUAUCUGGUUCUGCUGUCGCAUGUCCGAUAUGAUUACCAUACCGAAAAUAAGUUGUACUGUCGCGUGGUGUUCGGGGACUUGUGGUUAUGUACGAGAUGGACUGCCG